AUGCUCACAUUGUCUUCCUUUAUUCCUUCCCUUAUCACAACCAACAACUCAUUUCUCAUCGUCUCUGUCACAUCCUUUAUAACGAAGACGAAGCAUCAUGGCAAAGAUGAUGAUCCUAGGAGCCCAAAGUUAAUUAAUGUUGAUCAGAACAAUGUUUCUUCGCCUUCCAUCGUGAAGUCUUCCAUUGAGGAUCCUCAUUCAGAGAUUGUCACUCCAAUGUUGAUUGGUCAAAUCGGAGAUACUGAUGCAGCAAGUGUUGACCCUCUCGGUUAUCUUGAUUUACAAGGCCUUUGUGAUACAGACCAUUUGGAUUCAAAGAUCUUUUCCCAUUUGCAUUCUCAGAUUCAUUUAGAGUUUGGAUCUUUAUACCUAGGUAACCCUACAAUUGAUAACUCUAUGCAAUAUCAGUAUGGUUCAAAUGUGAAAGAGAUCAUGGAGUUUUUGGAUAAUGUCUUAGUUGAACCAGCUCGUUUUCCUUUGGAGGAUACUAGUUAUAAGGAUGUUUGGCCUGCUCAAGUUUCUAUGGAAAUGGAUCAUUUUAAAGAACAUGAAUCUAUUAGCGAGUUAAAGGGCAAAAUGGUUUAUGAUGCAAAUCGUAAUGGACCAUAUGUUAAGGAAAGAAGGAUGCCAUUUUACAUGGGAUACGAAUUGCAAGGCAAUUUUCCUGAUGAAAAUGUCAUCUGGUUCCCUCUUGUUGAAGACCAAGUUAAGAGUUUUGUCAAGGAAGAACAAGAACUAUACAACAACAACGACGAUUUAUUAGCAUCUGGGAAUGACGUCAACUCUGGAACGGGAAUCAUAAUAAGGAAUUGGAAAAAGAUUGAUUGCACCGGAUCCAAAGAAUGUUUAUUGCCAAAUAACUUAAUGACUGAAACUGAAAUGCAUCGUGCAACCCUUGCUAGAAGAUUUUUCUGA